UGUCCAAAACAACAUUUUGCCUUUUAAAGCUAUAAAUAGAUCCCCAGCGGACUCCCCGGGAAGGUUUUUGCAGGGCCCCGGCUUCCCCGCUGCCGCAGCUGCCCCCGUCAGCCCGGCGCGGUGAAUGCUGCACGCCCGAGUCAUCGCCAGGAAUAAACCUCGGACAACAGCAGCCGACCCGGCCCGAGUCAUCCCGCGCUGCUGCGGGAACAUGAGCCAGCUCCUGACUUCACUCGGAUGCUCUAUAUAAGUCCAGGAAAACAACAGGCGCUCGCAGAGCUCACGGGCUGGAUUUAAACAAAGUCGGGAAGGACCUGGGAGGGAUUUCAGCGAGGGAGCGCCGCAGUUAUGUCACAGCCAGCCCCCGUGAAAAAGAAGCGUCCUCCAGUGAAGGAAGAAGACCUCAAAGGAGCCAGAGGAAACCUUGCUAAAAACCAGGAAAUUAAAUCUAAAACCUACCAAGUGAUGAGGCAGUGUGAACAAAUGGGCUCCGCAGCACCUUCCGUAUUCAGCGGGGCUCGGACAGGGGGUGAAACAGUCUUUGAGAAACCGAAGGACGAACCAGCCAAGAGCGUCUUUGGCUGACGGUGGAGCUGGACAUGACUCACCAAAAUGAUUGUUGUAACAUUUUUCAAAAUUUCUGUUCCUUGCACUAAAGUCACUGUAGACUGAAGUAGCUAAUUUCUAUUGUAAGUCCUUAAGUAGUGAAUAUACUUAUGUCAAAGAGUAAAACUUCCAUGUUCAUUUUUAUUACAUGCUUUCUUUCUAUAUAUUGGAUAAUGUUUGCUAUAAUUGUUUAAUAAAAAAGGUUGUUGGACUCA